AUGAACAAAUUUCCUUCCUUCUGCUUCUCACAUUUGAUUCGGAUUCAGCAAUCAUUGAAAGAGAAGGGGUUUGAAAUAUUUCAGCCUUUUCCUAUUUCAAGAUAUCAUGAUUAUUAUUUAAAAACUAGAGAACUUUCCAAGAAUACAAUGCAAAAAAACAUAAAUCCCUACGAAAGGUUGUCAUCGGACAAUGAUCAUUGUCUGGCCGUUUUAAUAGGAAAUACCAAAAGUUUGUGGCCUCAUUUUACGACACAUUUAAAAAAAGUGAAAGAAGUUGGAAAGAAUCCUUUAGAUCAAUAUGUGGUAGAAACUGUUAACUCAAUUCUUCAACAGGAACUUUCUGAAGAGCAUCACUCACCAAGUUAUACUGUAUACUUUAGUCAUGAAUUUGAAGGAAAUCACCCUCGAGUUGCAAUUCAGGUGGCAGGACAAGUGAGUGGAGUAGCCUAUUACGAAAAUGAAGUUUCUUAUUUGAGCUUUCAUCCACAGUAUGGGCCUUGGUUUGCGUUUAGAGCUGUGAUUUGUUUUAAACAUGUUAAGGAGGAACUAUUAGAAGAAUUUACAACACUUUUUAGAGAUCCUUUGAAUUCCAUGUCACAAGUAUUCAAAGACAUUGCUACCAAUGAGAAUAUGUCCGAGCAGUAUUUAGAAGGUUUAACAAUGAGAAUGAAAGCUCAAUUUAAAAAUCAACUAAAUGUUGCUAUGAACUCAAUAUGUUCUGAGGAUGCACAAUUAGAAUGGAUUAAACUUCGUGAUAUUCCACACGAAAUUUUAGAAAACGAAGCAAACUCUACUUUGUCAAAGUUGGGACGAGAAUGGAAACAACACAGAUACAACACAGCCCAAAUGAUGUAUCACUAUUUCAAAAACAAUUGUUUUCAAGAAUGA